AUGUUGUUUCUGGCGCCUUACGACGUGCCGGAGAAGAAGGCCAAGAAAGCGGCCAAGGGGACCAGGAGUGGUCUUCGCCGAAAAGGAGCUUCGGUCGUUAUGUCCAAGGACGAGACUCACUCUUCACCCGACGACGAGGAGGAGGAAGAAGAAGAAGAAGACUCCCGACCUAAGGCGGGGAGGAAGAAGAGGGCAGCCUCUAAGAGACUGGAGGCGAAGGCGCCCAAAAGGGGAAAAGGUUCCCCCGCGGAUAACUCCGCAUGGGAUGUCGAUAGCAGUCCGGAGCGGCCUUCUCGGGCCAAGCCUCGAGCCAAAUCUCCGGCUCGGGACAGCUCCCCGCUAUCUUCAUCAGAAGGUUCGCUGGACCCAAAGGAGAGGGCCAGCGUGUCACCGCCGCCCACUUACUCCCCUUCGGCCAAGGGUGACGACGAGGAGGUGCCUCAAAGGGCCUCCUCGGACCAGGGGAAGACUCUGGAGAUCGUCAGGGCUGCGCCCCAGGAUGACUCCUGGACCGCCGGAUACAUGGGGAAAAAAGCCCAUACGGAGGUGGACGGUGCGGGCCGAGUUCAAUUCGACCCUCAGCCAGAUUCUAUUCCGGAGACCUAUACGGCUCCAGAGUCCGGCAAACGGCCCUUCCCGAAAGCCUCGUUGCGGGCUGCUACCGCUCAAACUGCAGAGGUCUCCAGACUGAAGCAGAAACUUGAGCGGGUCGAGGAAGAGCUCGGCCGCGUGAAGAAGCAGCUGGAGAACAUCCAAGGUAUGUAG